GGCACCCGGGCCACCCGCACGUCUCGACGUCUCAAUUUUCGCAGUUGAUCUCGCGUUGCGAAACAUAUUUCUUGUGGAUUUCGUGCGUGUUUCGGAUCUAGCUCAUGGCUCCGUAUGUGGUGUCUGUAGUUCAAAGUUAGGAAAGUGAUAACAUGGAAUAACGUUGGAUUAAACAUGUGAAAUGUAUAGUGGAGGAAAAAGUUUUUGCUGUGUUACGGAUAUUUAGUUUUUAUUUUCAAUAUGCCAGUACUUCUAGUUUUUGGACUUUUUGUGGUGAUAGCCACAGCUCACAACAUCACGUUUCUGGAGGUACCGAUGUACGGCGACCCCCACCAAGAAGCGAACCUCGUGUGCCACUAUAUGAACGACCAGGGCGACCCUGCCCUGCACUCCGUCAAGUGGUACAGAGGUAGCAACGAGAUAUUCAGGUUCACACCAGGACAACAGCCUCCAACAAGGACGUUCAACUCGACAGCGGGAGGUGUUUCCAGAGGGUCCUGCAACCUGAACAGCUGUGCCAUCAGCGUGGUACUGCCCAGGAAUUACAACACCAAGCUCUCGUUCACUUGUGAAGUGUCCACCGAGGGCCCGCGGUUUGCAGUAGUCAAGCAGACCAAGGAAUUGACAGUGGCUGUGACAUUGAAAGAGGACCCGGUGAUAUCGGGAGUGCCGGGCACUGUGCAGCUGGGUGAAGACGUAUUGCUUAACUUAUUAUAUCAAUAUUUUGGUACGAGGAAUAAUAACACGCCAGUCUCGAACGCCAACGACUUCAACCUCCGAUCGAGUUGGCGGGCCAUCCGACUCCGAGUGGCCACCUCUAGGGGCUUCAUGGCCCUACGCUGUGAAGCCAUUCAGCCAAUGCAACCCCCCUACAUAAGGGCCACGAAUGCGACCCUGGUAGUUGCGAGGUCGCCACAUUUAUCUAUGUUUACAGCCGCAGGUUCAAGCUCAACCAUGUUGGAAGCAACAGUACUGAUUCUCACGUUGUGCAUCUCAGUACAUAUAUUUUCUAAAUACAGUGCCUUGAGUGAAGUCUAAUCGAUACUGUAGGUGUCAGCUUAAGUAUCGAGCGUUUAGUAUAGUUAGAUAUCCAUUCAAUCACUGCAAUGUUUACACGACAACGCUAUCCGAGGAUUUGAGAAAUCCUUUCGAUAUGUAAAUACGGUAUUUUUCUAAAGAGGAAAAAAUAUCUGUCGGUAAAAAAGCAAGGUAUCAAUUUGAUAAGGUUCCUGGAAUUUUAGAAGAAAACUUACCGAUCGACUUUAAUGGGCCAUUCCUUUGAACUUAGAGACGUACUGUAACUUUCCGAUACUGGGAAAUGAAUGAGGAAGCUAAAACUGAACAACUUCUUCAAUUUAAAACAGUUCAUUUAGACGUACAAACUUAAAAAUCUACAUUUUAAGUCAGGGAAUUAAUUCAGAAGAUGGGUAGAAACGGAGGUCGGGAGUAAAAAAUGUAGAUUUGCUACAGCAACAGUUGGCAAAACGUUCAGUUACUCUACUACUCAACUACAUUUUGACGUUUUCCAACAUCACUCUCCUAAGUUCCGCUGUUCGCCUGGUACCACUCAACAAACACGAGAAGUGAAGUAAAAUGAGCUAUUAGAUGCGGAACUGAAGAAAUGUUACCACUAUUUAAAACUGGUAUAAAAGCAUCAUUUUAUAACUAUAUUUAUAGUUAAUGCUGGAAAUAAUUUCGCAGAGAAAAUAACAAAAGAACUUUAGCUUUAUACCUGCUCGUACGCGACAAUAAUAGUUCAUUGAAUUUACGAUAAAAUAAAGCGUGUCCGAUCUGCAUGGAAAAAUAAGCUACCGUGAAAUUGUGCGCUAUAUUAUUUAACAUAUCCGUUCAAUACUAUAACGAUUCACUCACAAACAAAGCAUCAAUAAAAUGACGAAUUGUAUAUAUGUAUGUACAUUGUACAUGUAUGUGACUAUGCCAGACAGCAUCAAAGAGUCUCCGUAUCAAUUGUAUCUUCGUAAAUACAUAACACGAACAAUCGUAGGAACAUUCAGUGAUCUUUUAUUUUCGUUCCCCAUUCAAUAUUUAUGAAAUCCUGGUACAUUGUACAAUCAAAUGUGAGUCUGUUUUGGCGUGUAAACAUUGCAAAUGUUACGUAGCUGUAUUUUAGUGGUGUAUGAUGAAAUUACGAAGUGGAUGUGAUAUAAAAAGGUUGUUUUCUUCCCAAGGAAUUCUAUUAUUUUUAAGUUUAUUGUUGUUUGUUAUAGGUGAUGUUAUCCUAAAUUUUUAUUCGCAACUUAGUAUCGGUCCAAAGCAAAUUACAAGAAAUACUUUUAAAAGAACAGAACAUUAACAUGUUUUUGAAAUUCAUUAAGUAUAAUUUAAUAAUUAUGCGCCUAAGGAACUUUUGUUAAAAUACAAUAAAAUAAUAUUGUUAUGGAACGAAAACCAUACAAGUUAUUAAUUUUAAGCGAACUAUUCAAAAUAUUUGCUUUCAGAGUAAACCAUGAGAUAAAUAAUUGCACAUUAUUAAAAAUUCCACAUAAAAUUCUCAAAUGUAUAUUGGUAAUGUGAGAAUUUUACUAACUAAAGCGUGGAAUAUCUAUGAAAAUAUCUAUUCAUAUAUUAAAUAUAAUGUACCAGGAGAAUAGAACGCAUAAAGAAAUAAAACAUGUAUUAAAUUUGAAUGAAUUUGCAGUGUCCGCGACCCGCGUGCGUCUGUUGUCUGUUACAUUCUUUGAAAUGGCGCUGGGAAUUCGAGGCUCAAUCCAUUGUCAGGCCCAAUAAGCUUUUAGAGCUCUUUGACCGUGCCUGCCUACUGUUUUACUCGCAAUAACGCGCUGUUGUCUGUUAUCACGUUCAUAUUUGAUGUGAUAUGACUUUUCAUGGGGGUCCCUAUGGAAGUUUACAAGGAAACGACAGAGAUUGGAAGUUAGAAGUUUGUUUUCCUGUAAGGCAUCGCGGGGAGAUGUGAUUUAGAUAGGUGUUAAUGUGAAAAUAAUGCUCAGUAAUUUGUAGAUAGGGAGGUAGCAUGUUAUUCUAUAAUAGCAUUUUAUUUUUAACGGGUGUUGGAUAUUAUUUUUAAAGUCCAUUUAUUUGAUAAAAACAAAAUACAGCUACGUAAUUAGUGAUAAUUGUAAUAAAAAAUGUCGUAAAAAUAAAAUUAUAUUAUAAAAUCAAUUAUUCUAUAAAUAGCAAGCACUGAAUUUCGAUGUUUUAUGUCACGAGAAAAAAAUAAAAAUUUGUAAUAUUUACAUAUGUUGGAGAGAAGCUGAUGCGAAUAAGAUUAAGUUAAUGUAAUGUACAGAAUAAGGCCGGGACGAGUUGUGUUGACAGUUUAGCGCUAAACCUACGUUCAACUUCAGCGUUAAGUUCGCACGUUAAGUUACUGUAAUAGGUUUUUAAGUCACCUCACUCCAGACAUCUGUUGAAAUAUAAGUUUUGGAACAAGUAACUGGAAAAUUGUGUAAGAUUUUCGCCAUUGGAGAUUGCUAUAGUAGCAAUAGCCAGUUUUACUGUAAGAAGGCUUUUGAAACGACUAGAUUCAAAUCUAAAGUAUGUACGACAACUAAUUUCAAGUUGUUCUGGGUUAGUAUUGAAAGCAAACAGUUGGGCCAAUAACAAAAUGCUCGGAAACAAUGGAAAGGAAAACAUCGGGAGGCGACAUUCGAUGCGAGAUACCACUGCUAUUGUCUACUUGUAUGUGACUCGUACCUUUUCAACGACGAAGCUAUAGCACUCCAAUCUAGAUCGUUUAUUUAUUUAAUAAAUAUUGAAUUCUUCAGUAAAACUUGUCCUCUAUGUAUAUUAAGUAUUAAUAAUUAAACUCUGCUUUGAUGUUUCACUGCCGCCAUCUUGUCCAACUGUCAACAUGACAACGUCAAAUUGUUGUUAGAAAAAAUGUUAAAUCAAAUUAUUUGUACGUUGUUUAGUUUUAUGCAACGAAUUUAUUACUUUUUUGUAUUUUCAUAAUGCUCUAGUGUUUUUAUUGCUAUUCUUGAACAGCUAUUAUCUUAAUUAUUUUUGGAUAACAUCCUAGUCCUUUUUUAUUGAAAACAUACAAUUUCAUUUCAUUUUCAAUAUUCCUGGUAAUUGGGUAAAUGAGUAAAUUAAACCCGUUCAAAAAUCAAUCUGUAUGAAAUUAUGGGAAUAAAAUUCAUUAGUUUGGACUGUUUCACUGACAUUAUUUUAAAUAUCAAUAUUAUACAUACUUACAAUAAUAUUUUCACGUAAUGAGAUGAUGUACUUUUUAUAACCGAAAUAAAGUAUAAAGAUUCAUAUUUUGAAGUGCGUAAGUACGUACCCUUCCGCAAUCAGCAACCCAUUUACCAGGAACGCAGUUUAUUGCAGGAAGUCUUUUGUAUAUUUUCAACAUCCCGACGUUCCUAAAAUUCGUCUCAUGUACAUAGUAUUGUAUUUAAUUUGUGCCAAAUUCUAGGUAAUUUUAAUAGUGAAUCACUGAAAUUCUUAUCUUUAGUAUAAAAUGUUUUUCACAGCUGAACGAUUUUGUAAAGGUGUAAAUUAAAACCUCCAUUAUUUAAUCCUGUUUUCAGUUUUCCGAGGCUCUGGUAAAGUUUAUUUUAUGGAAAAAGUAAUUUAAUAAAUUAAAAAUUCCUUUUUCACCAAAAUAACAACAAUGUCUUUGAUAUAUUGAAAAUAUAUUUUUCAUAUUUAACACUGCACAGCUGCACGAAUGUAGAAUCCAGAGAAAAGUGUAGUGACGUCAUCAAAAUUCAUGAAACCGAACAAUUCCGUGCGUAAUGUGAUUUAAAAACGACUGACGGGGCGCGGAACGGUGGCGCGUGACGUCACAACGUGUUACAUACAAACAUUUUCUGCAACCCUAGUACUACGGAAUCGCUCACGUAUUGAAUCAUAACAAACUUACAUUAACUCCAGACAUCUAUGUUACUUUACUAUUACUAUAUUCUAUCUAGAAAAUAGAGAUGUAUUUAUUUAGGAUUGAUUGAUAUAUAGAAAUUCUCGAAAAGAUACGUAGGGAAAAUGAGUUUUCGGUUGUGAUAUUCGUGGAAAGAUCAUACCCAUUCCUUUUUGGUCUUAUCUCAAUAUCGUAUUUUCCCGUUAGUCCUAAAAACGAAGAAAUAUUUUUUAUCAAAUCCAAUUUUGCCACAUUGUGUCACUUAAUGGUCUUACGAGUCAUGAAAGUGACAAAUCCUCUUCAUCCUUCGUAAAAAAGUCAGUUUCUUGGAUUAAUAUAGUUCCUAGCAUUCACCAGCAAUAUAGAUAAUACAGUCUCCAAAUAUACCGAUCUAGAUCUUCCAUUCCAGUUUUUUCUUUGACCUUACAUAAGGGUGCUAAUGAAGGCAUAAAUUUGAUUUCUAUCUUUGGAGCCAAAUUCUCACGUUCGAUGGUAACAAGGUCAAGAAAGUCGAUAAUAAGUACAAUGGUAGCAAAUGACGGUCCAGAUUGUUGUCAUAUUGUCUACUGGAUGUGACACUUGGCAUUCUUUCUACUUGUUACAUAUUGUGAAUAGUUUGAAAUGUAAUAAGGUAAAUGGAACAUAUAGGUUUAUCGGAGCCUGUAGUCAUAAAAUGUCUAGAGAUGGACAUUGAACUUAUACGAUGAUUUAUUGUUUAUGAAGGCAAGGAUGGUCAAAGGUAGUUACAGAAUAAUAUGGACGAUUUGAAUCGAUUUAUUAUUGUCAUUUUGGUGAUAUUUAUAUUGUUAAUGAAGAAAACAUUCUGUAAGGUUGAUACGUA